AUGCCACCCAAGACUAGCGGUAAAGCCGCCAAGAAGGCCGGAAAGGCCCAAAAGAACAUUUCGAAGAGCGACAAGAAGAAGAAGCGCAGGAGGAAGGAGAGCUACGCUAUCUACAUCUACAAGGUGUUGAAACAAGUACAUCCCGACACCGGUAUCUCGAGCAAGGCGAUGUCCAUCAUGAACAGUUUCGUGAACGACAUCUUCGAACGUAUCGCCGCCGAAGCUUCCCGCCUCGCCCACUACAACAAACGUUCGACCAUCACCAGCAGGGAGAUUCAGACCGCCGUACGUCUCCUCUUGCCCGGUGAAUUGGCCAAGCACGCCGUCUCCGAAGGUACCAAAGCCGUCACCAAGUACACCAGCUCCAAGUAGAAUGAUUUUGUUAUCAUUUCUGUCGUCGUCCGUCGUCCAUCUUUCCGGAAAAAAAAAAAAAAAAACAACAACAACAAACAAAUCGGUUCUUUUCAGAACCACAAA